AUGCAAUCAUGUAUAGAAACAUGGCCAUUACCGGUGUUCAAGGUCUCUCGGCUCUACCUUGCAUUGCCUAGAGCUUUGCUACGGGUUCUUUGCGUUUGCGGUUGCUGCCAACCUGGCAAGAGACCUCUUACCGGAGAGGCCAUGGAAGUGGUCCCAUUCCCAAUGGCAAUGGCUGUGCUGUUCUUGGUUGGUGGAUCAUAUACAUUUGAUAUGUGUAUUGGGAGCCUCGUGGUUUUCGUUUGGGAGAAGGUGAACCGAAAGAAGGCAGAUGGUUCCAGCUGUUGCAUCAGGUUUGAUGAUAUGUGGAGAUGGUCUCUGGAUUCUGCCUUUUUCAUUGUUUGCUCUGGCUAA